CCAAAACAAAUAAACUUCACAAACUUGGCUGUAGUGAAAGUUCUUCCUGAAGAAAAUAAACUUUAAACUGAAGAUGGAGGUGAGUAUACAUAUGAUCAUUUAAUAAUCACAUCAGGUUUACUGAAUGACUUUGAUAAAAUUAAAGGCGCUAAAGAAGCUUUAGAUGAUCCUGAGUGUCCUGCAGGUUCUAUUUAUGAUUAUAAUUAUGUGCUAAAAUUCAAUGAAUUGUGUGGAGAUUUCGGAGGCGGAAAAGCUAUAUUCACUGAGCCUUAUAGAUCUAAGGAAUAAUCUGGGGUUCCUAAUAAGAUUAUUUAUUUGGCAGAAGAUAGAUUUGAUAAAAAAGGAAUAAGAGAGAAAACUACUGUAGAAUUAAGAGAAAGCUGUUGAUUAUGCAUUUCCUUAACCAAAAUAUGCUGAGGCUUUGGAAAAAAUAUAAAAAUAAAAAAAUAUUAAUGUUUAUAAAAGCUCGAAUUUAAUUGAAGUUAAUAAAAAUAACAGAAAAGCCACUUUCUAAAAUAUGAAAACUGGGGAAAUUUAAGAAAUUGACUUUGAUCUAAUACAUAUUGUCCCACCACCAAAAUUACCGAAGUUUUUAUAAGACUCACCUUAAAUUGUUGAUUAAUAAGGUUAUUUAGAUAUCGACGAAUAUACUUUGAGACAUAAAAAAUAUAAAAAUAUUUGGGGAAUAGGUGAUUGUUCAAAUAUUCCUACUUCUAAAACUAUGGCGGCAAUAUUUAGUCAAACACCUGUAGUUGUAGAUAAUUUAUAUCAUGUAUUGAGUGGAAAAGGAGAUUAAUAACUUCCUUCUAAUUAUGAUGGAUAUACUUGUUGCCCUAUUUUUGUUGGAAAUGGAAAACUUAUGCUUAUUGAAUAUAAAUAUGGGUAUAUAGCUAAUGAAACGUUUAUGGCUCACUAGGAAAUUCCUUCUUAAUUCUUUUAUAAAUUAAAAAAAGACUUCUUCCCAUGGGCUUAUUGGAAUUUAGUCCCAAAAGGUGUUUGGCAUGGAAGAAAAGCUAUUCUUCCGGCAUUUACUAAGGCUUUUACAUCUAUUUGA